AUGGCAGAGGAUGAGGAAGCAGCAAGUUUCAAACUUUUCGGAGCAGUGAUCCUAAAGGGGGAGAGACAAACCAAGGAAGAAGAGGAGACGGGUGCUCGGACGGCGCCAGCGUCGGGUGGGGCGGUCGAGGCGGCGGAGGCGGUGGCGAGGGGAGCGGCAUCGCUGCCGUGCCCAAGGUGCAAGAGCAGGGAGACCAAGUUCUGCUACUUCAACAAUUAUAACGUCAACCAGCCGCGGCACUUCUGCAAGGCCUGCCACCGCUACUGGACCGCCGGCGGCGCCCUCCGCAACGUCCCCGUCGGCGCUGGUCGCCGCAGGGGCCGCCCCGCCCACCGCGGCGGAGGCGGCGUCGUCCCGGCUGCAUGCGUCCUAGACUACCCGUCGCCGGGGUACCUGGGCGGGGCGGCGGCGGAGCGGUGGCUCCUGAGGCCGGAGUCGCCGGCGGGGACUGACCGCGGCCUCGACGGUGGGAUUCGUUGA